AUGUCUGAUGAGUUGUGCCUUCUGAAAGCCCAUUUUUCUUCUCUAUUAAUUUCCGACUUAAUUAAUUUCUGCAACUUCAUUUUCUCCAAUCCUCUGUAUUUUUGCUACUUCGUUUUCUUCUCCCCUUACCUUCUGAAACUCGUCUCCUUUCUCUCUCCUCUUUUUCUCACUACUUUCCUUCUUUUCAUCUCCGGCAUUGUCCAGGAAAAGAUCUCCGUUUCCGUUUCGCAAGAUCCUCUGUCCGAGAAAGAUUUCGGGCGCGAUGGGUCUCAAGGCACGGACGAUCUCGGGAUAUACGAAAUCCUGUUCGGGACGCGUUUGCUGUAUGAGGAAAACGAAAAUCCCCCUAAAAUUCCGGAAGAAAAAAUAGAGGAAAGUCCUGGAUCGGGCGUGAAAAGUAGGAGUCUUUCUCAGAAAAGAGGGGUUUUCGAAGCUAAAAUGAUUGAGCAGAAUAAUCCAGGCCCUAUUUCCCAAAUAAAAAAUUCCUGUCCCAUCUUAGAAGAAAAGAGGUUGGAGAAUUUCUUGAAGAUACUCCAUCAAUUUGAGAAAAUGUCCACUGCUAAUACCGAUGAAAAGAAAAAAUUAGGCUUGAACAGCUACGAAAACGGCAGAAAAGGGCAAAAUCUUCCUCCUCCGGUCGUAAAAGGUCAUUCUCAUAGUUGUGAUGUAAGUGAUGAGAAUAAUCAGUCCAAAGAGCAUAUCACGAAAGCCGAAAACUUGAAAACGUGCGACUCGGGAAGUUUAGGGUCGAUGAGAAAGGAAAAGGAAUGGAGAAGGACUUUAGCUUGCAAGUUAUUCGAAGAGCGGCACAAUGUGGAUGGUGGAGAAGGCAUGGACUCUUUGUGGGAGGCAUACGAAAUGGACUCGAAUAAGAAAACGAGUAAAAAAACGAGCGGCAUUGAGUUUGUUGAGGAUGAAAAUGAGGAUGAUGAUGAUGAUGAUGUUGUUGAUGGGCAGUUGUGUUGUCUGCAGGCGGUUAAGUUGUCGGCCGGGAAAAUGAAUCUGGGCAUUGGGAGGCCAAACCUUGUCAAGAUUUCAAAGGCCAUUAAAGGAUUUGGGUGGCUGCGCCACGUGAGCAAGCAUAGCAAGAAGGUGCAUGAUAAUGGGGAUAGGUAG